GCGGCACGGCGGUGGUGGCCGUGAUGCUGAUCGUGGCAAAGGCGUUGGAGCGCAGUUGCUUGUCAUCGCGCAAUGCAGUUUUGUGCAUGGAGGUCACCACGGCUGUUGCGAGUGUUGUCAUGAUGGUGGUCGGGGUCGGUGUCAGCCGCCACUACAUCGCGAGAACAGCUGGAUACGAUGAUACCGAGGCAGUGUGGGGCCGCGAUCUUGGAUACAUUGACGUCGUUAACCUACUUGUUGUCAAUCUGUGUGCGUCAGUCGGCCACCUAGCGCCAGUCCGUUGGGUGUUCUUGUUCCCACUGGAGGUUGCGCUGGUGUUUGUGUUCGGGCUGCCGGUCUUUGUGCGGAGCAGCCCCUCUCCGGACGACGUCCCAAUCUUAUCCUUCGUUGCGGUAUGUUUGGCCGUUUUGGCGGCCGUUGGAAAGCGGCAUAGCGAAUUGAAUGACCGGCUCAUCUUCAAGAGCUUGCUGUCUGAAAAGAAAUUGAGGUUCGAGGCCGAACACGAGCUUGCUGUGCAACAGGAGUCGGCUGGCGCCACAAACGGCACGGACACCCUCGCGGCGACCUCCGCGACGGGUUCUUUUCUGAAGAUGACGUCCACGGCGUUCCUCUUCGAGGUGGACCAGAAUGGCGGCUCGGCUAAGCUGCGUGAAAUUGGUAUCAGAGAGCAGUGGCUGAUCGAGGAUACUGAAGACAAGGCACUGCCUGACCGAGUUCUUGGCAGAGGCGGGUUCGGCCUUGUGACCCUCGGGGUCUACCACAACACGCCCGUCGCUCUAAAGGCGCCCCAGCAGGACGCCGAAACGAACGUUGUUAAUCUCUCUGCGCUUUGCAACGAGCUGCGGAUCCUUCGACGGCUCCGGCACCCCAACAUCUUGUUUUUCUACGGAGCCACCUUGGGCGGCAGCUUCGUGCGACUUUGCCUCGUGCUCGAGCAUAUCGACGGUGUCAACCUGGGGCGCUUCAUUCAGCCGCACAAGCUCGCGGGCAGCAGUGGCGAAGCAGUGGAUCCGCAGCGCUAUCCCCGCAGCAGCACCGCCAUCGUCAACGAGCGGAAGCGGAUCGUGUGUGACAUUCUGAAUGCGCUGCGCUACCUGCACUCACGGACCCCGGCGGUUGUCCAUGGCGACCUGAAGGACUCUAAUAUCUUCGUGCAACAGCUGUGCCUCCAUGGUGACACCGUGGCGCGCGCGAAGCUGCUGGACUUCGGCCUCGCGCGCCUGCUCACUCGCUCGGCGGAGCCUAUGGGCGGCACCGCGCGGUGGAUCGCCCCCGAGCUUUUGGGGAAGAAAGGGAUUCGGCCAGAUAGGGCAGCGGAUGUUUAUUCUGUCGGCCUGCUGAUGUUCUUCAUCUCCACUGGGGCGAAGCCCUUCGAGGGCGCUGCUGCCGCAGAGAGUGGCUUCCCUCGAUCGUGGCCUCCAACGACAAUCGCUCGAAGACGACCUCGCUAUCGAGGCCUCCCUCAAUCGUGGCCCGACUGGCACUGGUGCAUGGCGUCGGUGAAGCAGCGCACGCAGACGCGGCCGGAGCAGCGCCCGACCGUCGAGGCUGUUUCCGAUGAGCUCGAUCGAGGGCUCGACAUCUCAAGCCAGGUCGGAGCCAGCGAUGCGAAGAGCGACGGGGAUCCCAGCUUCCCCCGCCCGGAGCAGGCGAGGUCGCUCGACCUUUCUUUUCCACGUGGGCAGCCGUCCGAGCUGGCCGUCGUCUUCGACGGGUCGGCCGUGAGCGGGUGGCUCUCCCCAGAGAGCUUGGAGGCUUUCUGCGACCGAGUCAACAGCUUCUGCGCUUCUGGCAUGUCCCUGUGCACCUUCGACUGGGAGUCGCGGGGCCUCCAGCUGCCCCGCGCCCCAGACGUGCUGGUACCUCGCCGCGUCUCGGUCGCGCUCAGG